AUGUUAUGCCCCUUAACAUACUACGAUGCUGUCUCCCAGCAGGAUGAUACUCGGUUCAGCGGCUCUGCUCGUGCACAUUCCAUCAUUGGUUCUCUUUUAGCAGUUCAUUCUCCUAAUGUUAUGGAUACUCAGUACUGCUUUGAUACAAUCACCUCAUCAUGUAUGAAGACAAAACGCUCCAGUUUUGAACAUAAUAUCAUCUAUAUUUUUGUAUUAUUGCUGUCAGUCUGGACUGUGUUUCUGAACCUGCUGGUGAUCAUCUCCAUCUCUCACUUCAAGAAGCUUCACACUCCAACCAACCUAAUCAUUCUCUCUCUGGCUGUGGCCGACAUGCUUAUUGGAUUUGUGAUGCCUAUAGAGGCCUUCAGGCUGAUUGAGAUGUGUUCGUACUUUGGAGGUUCUUUCUGUGCACUCUAUAUAGUAUUUCUGACAGUGCUUUUCUCCGUAUCUCUUAGUAAUAUAGUUUUAAUUGCUUUUGAUCGUUUUGUGGCUGUGUGUCAACCAUUACUGUACCCACAGAAAAUAACCACGACUAAAACAUUAAUGAGCAUCUGUCUGUGCUGGGUUUGCUCCUCAGCUUAUAACACUGCCUUUGUAAUUAAUACUGGAAAUUUGGAUGCUUCAAACAGAAGAGAUGUUAUGACAGGAUUUGUCUGGAGAGUCGCUGAUUUAUUUGUGGCUUUCAUUUUUCCUUGUAUUCUGAUCAUAACUUUAUAUAUGAGGAUUUUCUAUGUAGUACAUCGCCAUGUAAAAGUUAUUAACUUACUAAUGAAGGGAGGUAAAUGUUUAAUAGAAGGUUCAGUGAAGAGGAAAUCUGAGAGCAAAGCUGCUCUGACAUUAGGGGUCAUUGUAGCCGUUUAUCUGCUUUGCUGGAUUCCUUACUAUAUCAGUUCUAUAUCAGUAGCCUCUUCCACAACCAAAAACAUUUUGACAUGGGUCACGUACACUAACUCAAGCCUGAAUCCUCUUAUCUAUGCUUUAUUUUACCCUUGGUUUAGAAGAACAGUUAAACACAUCUUGACUCUAAAAAUAUUUCACCCAGCAUCCUCUCUUGUCAAUAUUUUUACAGACCAUUAGUUGUAAUUAAUCUGGUGAAGAUGCCACUCAAAGUAGAUCUAGAUUUAUAUUUGUAAUUCACACUACAUGCACUU